GAGGCGAACGGUAGUGAGCUGGGUGUCUGCAGGAGGAGCCGGAGGUCUGUCGUUGGAGCUCGGUAUAAAGCAGCCGCGGAGACCGAGGUCCGGGCGUCCUUUCCCAGCGGCAGUUUGGACCCGGCAUGGAAACGCCCUUCUACCAUGACGAUACCCUGAUCACGGUCAGCAGCAUGAAGAAGAGCCUGAGCUUGCCUGUGUCCGACAACGGCCUCAAAAACCAACGCGACUCCGAGGCCCCUCUCAACUCGCCCGACCUGAGCUUCCUCAAACUCGCAUCUCCCGAUCUCGAACGCCUCAUCAUCCAGUCGAGUGGCCUGGUGACCACCAGCCCCGGGCCGGCGCAGAGCCUCUUCCCCCGCAGUGUGACAGACGAGCAGAACUCGUUCGCCGAGGGCUUCGUCAAGGCGCUGGAGGAUCUCCACAAGCAGAACCAGCUGAACGGCCUGGCAGGCCCGCAGGCUCCGCUGCCUGCCCCCGGACCGGUCUCGGGAGCUGGCGGAAGUUCUGGCGGCUUACAACACUCCGAGCCUCCCGUCUAUACCAACCUCAGCCCGUACAGCGCGACGCCGGGCCCGGCGCCGGCAGUCAGCUAUAGCCCGGAGACCUCGACCGCCGCCGCCGCCACCUACCCACCACUCGGGCACUCUCUGUGUCCGCAGGGCCGUCUUCAAGUCCCCAAGGACGAGCCGCAAACCGUGCCGGACGUGUCGGGUCUUGGCGACAGCCCGCCUGUCUCGCCCAUCGAUAUGGACACUCAGGAACGCAUCAAAGCUGAGAGGAAGCGCCUGCGGAACCGUAUCGCCGCCUCCAAGUGCAGGAAGCGCAAGCUGGAGCGCAUCUCCCGGCUGGAGGACAAGGUGAAGAGCCUCAAGUGCCAGAACUCGGAGUUGGCCUCCACGGCCAGCCUGCUCCGGGAGCAAGUGGCUCAGCUCAAGCAGAAGGUGCUGACCCACGUCAACAGCGGCUGCCAGCUGAUGAUCAGUCCGCAGGUGCAAGCUUACUAGCCCCGGGCUUGCACUCAUCCUACCCCCAUGGACCAUACGAGGACCCUGCGGGUUCUACCCUGAAACCUGGGGCAGGACACCACCCACAGGCCAUCAGAGGAACCAUCGCUUCGAAGCAGACGCCCGGGGGAGCAUCCAGUCCGUGAUCAUCUGUUUACACACCAGGUGCAACCCCAUUAGACUUGUGGACCUGUGCAGGCCAUUAUAAUACUGUACUCUGGCUACAUUCGUCUUUCAGCACCUAGCCUCCUGAGGCUUGUCCAUCCACCUCUCUUGCACAGAGCAUCCUCCAAAAUAUCCUACCCAGGCUCGUGGACCAUGUUUAAGAUUGCCCUUCCAGCAGUGAAGUCGAGUUUGAAGAACUCCUGAGAGCUCUGCCCGGAAGGGCACACCAACAGUGACUUUGAGAUGAGAACUUGACUGAGUUCUGUUGACCAAAAGCCAGUAGCUUUGUCUGGCGCUGCAUGUCUGGGUUGGUGUUGACGUGCGCUCAGUGUACUGCUCUCUGCUGUUUGUAGAAAGCUGAUGCAUGGACUAGCUGUGGCCUUAAAACCACCUGCAGACUGACAUCGGAUGCCUGCUCGUUUUGUGCAGUGUUUGUGUUUGCACGCAGGUGCAAACUUUUAAAUAAUUGUAAAUAAGUGUCUGAUUCUGUUACAAUAUUGUUGGAAUGUAUGUUUUUACCAUUUGAAAGAUGCUCUAUUUAUAUACAGUAAUGGGAACAGUCUGACUAGAUUCCAUGUUGCUAUACAUUCCAAUGUGUAUUGCUACAAUGUGAUUUUUGAAUAAAAGUAUUUUAUGUCUAAGA